AUGUCGAAUAACAAGGACAAAGUACUGCCGGAGGUGGAGGACGAUGAGCCGGAUGACUGCUACGCGCCGUCGAUCACCCUCGCCCGCACGAUAACCACCUCCUCACCUCUCAAACAACAACAAUCCGCUACACCCCCCUCUACCUCUUCUACCUCGUCCACUCCUGCCUCCAAGACUACCACAUCCGCAGGAUCAACCUCAGGAACCCCCGCAGACCGCGCCUCCCGCGUCGUCGCCCCUACCCCGAACCAGCAAACCACGCCCAACAUCUCCAAAACCGGCCUCUCGGAUAAACCGCUGGAGCUGGAAACUACGCCCGAGGAGAAGAUCGACUGGACGCGUUCGUUCCACGGACUGAGCGCGGCCCCGUUCCCCAAGGAAGCGGCGGAUGUUUUGCUCGCGCCUACGGACCCCGAGGAGGUAGAGAUCAAGCCUGAUGGAAUUUUGUAUCUGCCGGAGAUCAAGUACAGACGGAUUUUGAAUAAGGCGUUUGGACCUGGUGGAUGGGGGUUGGUUCCUAGGAGUGAGAGUAUUGUGACGCCUAAGACGGUGACGAGGGAGUAUGCUUUGGUUUGUAAUGGACGUCUCGUCUCUGUCGCCCGUGGUGAACAGGAUUACUUCUCGCCAGACGGAAUUCCCACCGCGACAGAGGGAUGCCGCUCGAACGCGCUGGUGCGGUGCUGUAAGGAUCUGGGAAUUGCGAGCGAGCUCUGGGACCCCCGCUGGAUUCGCAAGUUCAAGGCGGCGCACAGCAGGGAAGUCUGGGUAGAGCACGUGGUGAACAAGAGAAAGUCGAAGAUCUGGACUCGCAAGGGCGAUCCGGUGGGCUACCCGUGGAAAGAGACUAAAUAA